AUGGCGGGGCACCACUGCCAUCUGCUGGGCACUCAUGAGGCUUCUCCUGGUACAGCUGCACCCUCUGGAUGCCAUGAUGCUGUCUCCUGCAGAGCUGUUGCUGUCCGGGUAAAUUCUAUAAAAGAACUCCCUGGAGUGAAAAACUAUGAAGUGGUUUAUCCCAGAAGACUUCAUCCACUACAUAAAAGAGAGGUCAAGGAUCCAGGUGAACAGGAAAAAUUUGAAACUGAAUUGAAGUAUGAAAUGACAGUUAAUGGAAAAAUCGCAGUGCUUUACUUGAAGAAAAACAAGGGUCUCCUUGCACCAGGCUACACGGAAACAUAUUAUAAUUCCACUGGAAAGGAGGUCACCACGAGCCCACAGAUCAUGGAUGACUGUUACUACCAAGGACACAUCAUUAAUGAAAAACUUUCUGAUGCUAGUAUCAGCACAUGUAGGGGUCUAAGGGGUUACUUCAGUCAGGGAGAUCAAAAGUACUUCAUUGAACCUUUAAGCCCCACAAAUCAGGAUGAACAGGAACAUGCACUCUUCAAGCACGAUCCUGAUGAACAGAAGACUAACAGCAACUGUGGGAUGGAUGACAUGUUAUGGGUACCUGAAAUUCAUCAGAAUGCAGUCCCAUCGGCCACCAGUCUUGUGAAGUCCAAAGACCAGAAGCCUUGGGAACAAAAUAAAUACAUAGAAUAUUUUUUGGUCCUGGAUAAUGGUGAGUUUAAAAAGUACAAUCAAGAUCAAGAGGAAAUAAGAAAGAGGGUGUUUGAGAUGGUCAAUUACAUCAACAUGCUUUAUAAAAAGCUCAAUACUCAUGUUGCCUUAAUUGGGAUGGAAAUCUGGAAUGACAAGGAUAAGAUAAAGAUAUCCCCCAAUGCAAGCCUCACCUUGGAAAAUUUUGCUAAAUGGAGGGGGGGUGUCCUCCUAAGAAGAAAGCGUCAUGAUGUUGCUCAGUUAAUCAUGGCAAGUGAAUUUUCUGGAACAACUGUGGGCCUUGCUUUCACGUCUACAAUGUGCUCUCCGUAUCAUUCUGUUGGCAUUGUUCAGGACCACAGUCACAACAUGCUUAGCGUUGCAGGGACCAUGGCCCAUGAAAUGGGCCAUAACUUUGGAAUGUUUCAUGACACCUAUGCUUGCAAGUGCCCUUCUACAGUAUGUGUGAUGGACAGAGCACUAAGCUUCUACAUACCUACGGACUUCAGUUCCUGCAGCCGUGUCAGCUACGAAAAAUUCUUGGAAGAUAAAUUAUCCAAUUGCCUCUUUAACGUUCCGCUGCCUACAGAUAUCGUAUCCACCCCGAUCUGUGGGAACCAGUUGAUAGAAAUGGGAGAAGACUGUGACUGUGGGACCCCCGAGGAAUGUACCAACGUUUGCUGUGAUGCAAAAACAUGUAAAAUCAAAGCAAAUUUUCAAUGUGCAGUAGGGAAAUGCUGUGAAAAAUGCCGGUUUAAAAAGGCUGGUGAGGUGUGCAGACCAGCAAAAGAUGAGUGUGACCUGCUCGAAAUGUGUGAUGGCAAAUCCGGUCUUUGCCCCGAUGAUCGAUUCCAAGUCAAUGGCUUCCCUUGCCAAAAUGGGAAGGGCUACUGCUUGAUGGGGAUGUGCCCCACCCUGGAGGAGCAGUGCACCGAGCUAUGGGGACCAGGAACCCAGGUUGCAGAUAAGUCAUGUUUUAGCAGGAAUGAAGGUGGGUCAAGUUACGGGUACUGUCGAAAAGUGGAUGACACACGCAUUCCCUGUAAAGCAAAUGAUGCCAUGUGUGGGAAGUUGUUCUGUAAUGGUGGGUCAGAUUAUCUGCUCUGGAAAGGACGUAUAAUAACAUUCCUGACAUGUAAAACAUUUGAACCUGAAGACAGCAGUCAAGAAAUCAGCAUAGUAGCCAAUGGAACCAAGUGUGGAGAGAAUAAGAUUUGCAUUAAUGCAGAAUGUAUGGAUGUCGAAAGAGCUUACCAAUCGGCCAAUUGCUCCUCUAAGUGCAAAGGACAUGCUGUGUGUGACCACGAGCUCCAAUGUCAGUGUAAAGAAGGAUGGGCCCCUCCUGAUUGCGAUGGUUCUUCCAUGGUCUUCAAUUUCUCCAUUGUGGUUGGGGUGCUGUUCCCUGUGGCCGUCAUAUUUGUGGUGGUUGCUAUAGUAACCCGAUACCAAAGCACCAGAGUAAAGCAGAAGGAAGUCCAGAGGCCACUGUCUACCACUGACACCGGGCCACACAAGCAGAAGAGGAAACCACAGACGGCGAAGACUGUUCAACCCCAAGAGAUGAAGCUUGACACACCUGACCUUCCGGCAGAGGAGGAUGUGCCUCCAGCUUCUGUUCUAAUUACGAAGCCAGAUUUUUCUCCACCGCCGAUUCCUACAUCUGUGUCAUUCUCUUUCCUUCAUAAAGACACAAAAAGACUUUCCUCUACUGUUUUCAAGGAUAAGCCAAUGUCUACACUUAAGGGCUCCAAUCCAAAAGUCUGAAGUAACAGCUAAGCAAGGAUUGGUGGGUAAAUGAUCAACUUAGAAGACUGGACAAUCUGAAUGGAAGAGAAAUGUACUAAUAUUGCUGUUGACACUCAAGGAGGUUACUAUUUCUUGAUUAUACUUUGAAGACAUAAAACUUUCAAGAGAGACAUACUCUUGAGAAUCUUUGUAUGAAUUAAAAUUUUCUGUUCUCUAUACUCAUGGGAAAGAGGAUGGCUCUAAAGAAAGAGCUAUAAAGCUGAAAUCUCUAAUUAGGUGAAUUUCCUAACCUUCCCCACACCCCCCCCCCCUUUUUUACUGUGAUGUUGACUAAUAUUUGUUAAAGGGUUUUGAGCACCUUGAUUUUCUCAUUCAGUAGGAAUUAAUUCACCCUCUAAUGAAAGCAAAAAACAAGAAAUCACAGGAAACUGGGAAGGAUGGGAGAAAAUUGUAUACUCCUCAUUCCAUGACUAGCAAUAGCUUAAUUGUUUUAACCCUGAAACUGUCAAAUUAGAACCCUCAGUUACAAAGAAAAUUAUACAAACAUUCUCUGGUUUAUAUCAUGUCUUUUUCCUACCCUUUCCUACCCUACAUU